CAUAUCAAUGGGACAUGUGGUUGAGUCAAGUCGUUUCGAUUCAUUUGUUUACAAUACACAAAACAACAAAGAAGUACAUCAUACAUUCAUUGUCGUUUAAAAACUGAAAGAAAACCAAUUUGAAAAACAUGGAAUGGGAAGAACAGGAUCAAACAAAUGAAUCCAAUAGUGAAUCGAAUGCAGAUAAUUCGAGUAGUGAUGACGAAAACAAUGAAGACGAUGGAGAUACUCAAAACGAUAGAAGUACGAUUCGUUCUGAAUUGAAAUCAAUGUCAUUUGCCGAAUUGCUGAAACUCAAAGACGAGCUCGGCUCAAAAGUAUAUAACGAAGCACUGUUUGGUGAAGAUUCAAUACCAAAGAAGCGAAAAAAGGGCGCCAACCAAACAAAUGCAUUUAAGCGCGAGAAUAAGAAUCGACCACGAGAAAUUUCGGCAAAAAAACAAGUGCCACUCCUUGGCAAAGUGAAAAAAUCGAAAAAUGAUGCGACAGGACCGCGUGAUCCGCGCUUCGACAUUAAAUGCGGCGAUUUUGACAGAGACAAAUUCAAAACUGAUUACAACUUUGUUAAUGAAAUCCGAGAAAAAGAAAUUACCGAAUUGAAGGGCCAAUUGAAACAGUUGAAGAGUGAUCAAGCGGAGGAAAAGGAAAAGGUUAAAUUAGUAUUGCAACGAAUGCAAAAUCAAAAUUUAGAAGAGAAAAAACUGCAAGAGCGUAAACAAGCCAGAACAUUGGAAAAGAAAAAGAACAAAAACGCAAUUGGAAAUGAGCGAAAACCAUUUUUCAUUUCGAAACGUGAGCAAAACGCACAAGAUUUGGUCAAACAGUUUGAAGAGCUUAAAAAAGCGGGCAAAUUAAACAAACAUCUAGAGAAACGACGCAAAAAGAAUUUAGUACGAGAUCGAAAAAAAUACAAUUUUGAUUAAUCAAAUAGCCAUUAUCCAAAAAUGAGAAAUAAACAAAUA